AUGAGCGACCAGUAUUCUGAUUGGACUCAGCCAGUCGGCCAGGGAAUCGACCAAUAUGACAGCUAUGACAUGUACGGUUACCGUACGAUCGACAACUAUAUGCCUCGUGACACAUCCGACUGCGUCUACAUCACUGGACUGCCAUCGACCGUGACGAAAUCCCAGAUUUCCGACUUUUUCUGCCGCGCCGGGACCAUUCUCGUCACCAAAAGCGUCCAAAGAAUAUUCAUCUUCAUGAAGGACAAGACUCCUACAGGCGCAGCGACUGUAACCUAUGAAAAUCCAGAUUCGGCGAAACGAGCCAUCGAUUUUUUCGACGAAAAGGACUUCAAAGGAGAGGGAAAAGUUCGAGUUCGAUACGCCUCGCCCGACGAAAAACAACCUUUCGCCAAUAAACUGCUCCGCGACGCGCAGAAAAAAGGCGGAAUGGCUCCACCUCCUCCUCACUACGGUUCUUCUGGCGGAAGACGCAGGGGAGGCCACAACCACCCUCGAGGAGAUGGAAGAAGGCCGCCGAGGAAUAGUAAUUACGGCGAUCGAGACAAUAACUACGGCGGCAAAUAUCGUGAGGAAAGGGGAUCGAGGCAUGCUCCUUACUAA